UGUAGAUGUAGGUGUAGCUACACGUCGUACAUCUUAGCAGGAGUUUGUUCACAUCCGUGUGUCAAAAUCUUUACCGCCGGCGCGUGCUGAAGAACCGACAGUGAUUGAAGUGACGGCUUUUACUUUUUUGUCCGAAUCAAAAACCGAAAUCAUGGCGUCCCUCUGCACCUAUGUUCUCCUGUUCGGAGUGUCUCUGGCUCUGAUUCUGGUUUGCCCCUUUACCAAGACGGAGGAGUCCUUCAACAUGCAGGCCAUGUACGACUUGUAUUACCGAGGGGACGAACUACAUAGAUACGAUCACAAGCUCUUCCAGGGAGUGGUGCCCCGCACCUUUCUCGGCCCGAAAUUUGUCCAGGUGUUUCUCUUCCGACCGAUGUAUCAAAGAAAAAAAGUUCGCCACGAUCACUCAUGCGCAUUUUCGCAAUACGAAAUUUUCUGUCAUGCGUAAAAAUGCAUCACGGCCACACUUCAUAAGGGAUUUCCCUAGUGUUUCUGCAAUACAAGGACUACAAGCUGUGACGCUAAAAAAAUUUGUAAUGCAAAACCUGCAAGGUAUAGGUAAUGACAAACUUUUUUCUCUCCAUACAAUGGAGUAUGUCUUUAGUGACGCUGGUGAAGACCUCAGCGAUGCAUUUUCCAGUACCUCCUCCGCGGGCACAGCUCCUGGAAAGACUAUGGACAGCCACUUUAACAGCAAAAUCUCCGGCUUUUCUCUUCUGCUCUCAAUCCGCUGCUUCCUCGGUCUCUGCAGCUUGCUCGUGUUUCUCCAUCUGGGGCGGAGCUUAGAUCGAAUUUUAAGGCGGGUGAAGAGCGUUCUGAAAACAACAGCACCCACGGGCGCGGGAGGGAAGCCGUUGCAAAUUACCGAUACAACCGGAAAUAAACUGAGGAACAGCUCAACGACGUCCACAGCAGCUGCAGGUGAUCUCAACAAAAGGGAAAGAAACGACAAGACACCUGUCGUCUCAACUCCGGUGAAGACGAUCUUUUUUUUAUUUCUGCUAACCCAAUUUCACCUCAUGUUUUACUCCAGCCGGUCGCUGCCAAACACUUUCGCGAUGCAACUGUGCGGCUUGGCACUGAGCUACUGGAUCCGGAAACACUGCUUCAAGACUGUGUUUUUGGUCACGUUAACCGCCGUCUGUUUCCGCUGCGAGAUGGCGUCGAUUUGGCUCGCUUUGUUCUUCGACAGUGCGAUCAAAACCAGCUCGAGUAACAAGAAAACCCCGCGGACUUACAAGCGGAAAUUUUGGUUCGCGACGGUAAUUGGGGUUUUAAUGGCGUUACCAUUGACAGUGUUCGUCGACAGCUUCUAUUGGCGGAAAACGGAAUACAGUUUGGAUCUGUGUCGAGUGGAGAUCGAUGCAGGGGCGACGAGUACUGGUGCAAGCACAACUACCUCCUCCGCUGGAGGUGCAUCUUCUGCGUCCUCUCCCUUCUACACGAUCUCUGCGAUGAAACGGAAUCUGAAACACACCACGACUAGUCUUGCGUUAAAAGUCCGGAAAGCGGCGUGCGAUACGAAUCAUCCGUAUUUCCAUAAACACACGCUGUUUGGGCGGACCAUCCGGAACUUCACCUGGCCGGAAUUUUUCGUGUUUUGGUUAUGAAUGUGCAUAACUCCCCCUCAUUUGUCAUGCAAAACACAAAAUCCAGGCUGUGCCUCUUGGCACUGUUUAUUGCAUGACAAACUCCGGAAGCGGCCCAAAUAGCACUGCAAUUCUGUUCAAAUUUGUCAUGCAAAACCUGAAUUCUCGCCGGCGCUUGUAUGGCCGUUCAUGCUAUAGCUAUACAAAUAAGGGGGUGGAGUUGUGCACGCUCAUAUUGGUUCAACGGGUACGAGAACCGCAGUGGGGAGUACGGGGUGAACUCAAAGCACUGGUACUUCACCAGCGCGCUACCGAAGGCUUUGGGGGCUUUGUUAUUGGUUCUGAUUGUGGAAAUCAACAUUCUGAUGGUGGUGAGUCAGCGGAACGCCAGCAAGAAGAACCAACAAAGUUCUUUGGAAGGCAAGAAAGCUGCUCUGUCUGCUGGUGCCGAGAGUGGAGGACAAGCGGGUGCUAGUACAACUUCCGGCAGCAAAACGACGAGUAACUCAAUCCAGAAAGUGGACACGACUAGCGCAGGAGCAUCCGUUGCACCAAGCCCAGUGCACUUCUACAUCUUUCUCUUCCGUCUCUGCUGUAUCUGGAUUCUGACGCCGACUGUUGUGUUGUCCAUCCUCCCGCAUAAAGAGCUCCGCUUCAUUUUCGUCCCCAUCCUGGCCUCUGUCGCAGUGUUAGCCGCCCUAGCCGCGGUAAGGAGAGAAUCGUGCGCGAUAAGCAGUACAACUACUCCUGGAAGUAGAUCCUCUUCUUUCCUCAGCCAGAAAUUUUUCUACGACUCCUUUCUUCUCUAUGGGAGUGUCAGGAUUGAAAUCGACAGACUUGAAAUAACUUGUAAUGCAUAAAAUCGAUACCAGUUGGAAGCCCAAUUUCCAAGCGGCGCAUGACAAAUUUUCGGAGCACUGGAAUCCAAUUUGUCAUGCUGUUUGGGCACAGAAGAAUGCUUUUGUCAUGCUCCUUUAGCAACUCUAUCCCAAACCCUAAAUAGGCUAUACAAUACAAUCUGCCGCACUUGCCACCCCGGCAAGACAGGCACUUCAUGCCUUGCAUUUUAUGCAUGACAAAUCAUUUCAACUUUGUGGAUUUCAAACCUGACGCAUCCAUAUUCUCGUUAUCGUAGCGAUCCAAGCGGGCAUGUUCUACGGGCGGCUAAUCGUAUCAAAUGUAAAAAUGUCUGGGUCUGGAAGGUUGCAACUUGUGAUGCUGUCUUUGGAAGGUAAAAAAAAAUCUGUAUUGCAUGACCAACAAGAGGGGUGCAGUUUGUGCUACGCGGAGUGGGCGCUUCUCAUGCGGAAUACGCAUCAGAAGGCCCUUCAAAAAUCUGUGAUUCUCGGCCAUGCAUUACAGGCAUCAUGGGUUAUGCAAAAUAUGCAUGACAAACCCGGCAAUCUUCCAGACCCAGACAUUUUCACACUUGACAAAUCGCUUCGAUCUACAAUUACCCCGCCGGCUGGGUUUUGCAGGAGAUGCUGACAAACAGGUUUGCGGUAAACGUGCAAAAUGUAGCCGCCCCCGGGCCCGUCGCGCUGCCCAGACAAGGAGCGACGGCGACGAUGUCGGCGGAAGAGCCGACGCGAUCCCUGCCGUUUUUGUCCCUGGACAUGUUUUGGUUCGUGCAAAACCUGGAAACGACGCUGAGUUUGGUUUUUCCGUUUUUGCCGGAUUUGGUCAGACACGUGGAAACAAAUUUCAUCCCCGAUCGAGACUACUUCAAUGCAGUUAUGGCUUUGAGUUUGGACUACGGCGAGCAGAUAUUUCACCGACUCAGCUGGGGAAAAACCAGUAAGACGGAAGCAGAGAAAGCAAGGGAAGUAGCUACAGCUACAGGGGAGAAAUCUGCUGCCUCUUCUGGAAGGGACGGAAAACCAAGAAAAGAAACUAUUGAUUGGAAAGUGCAGGUGACGGAAUUUACGGAGAAUCUACUGUACGGGCCGAAAAGCAACAAGGGAAAGAAGAAAAGUGGCGCAGAACAAGAUAAACCGGCAAAAAGCGUGAAAAUCGACUUCCGCACGCUGGAAGAAAUGUUAGUGAUGGCGGACUAUGCAUUGCAAAGGUAUCGUACUCGUACUAAUCGCAUUUAUGCAUUGAAUUUUUUUUUGCCAAGUUAAAUCCGCAUUACAAAUUGCAUUUCUCAUUCUGAGGAAAUUUGGCAUGCGAUUUGUACUAGUACGGAGGUACUUUUUCAGUGCAUACGGACGCAGCUGCAACCUCCACCACGACAGCACUACCGGAAGAAAAAAACCGCACGACAAACUCGACCGAGCUUGAUGAAAACAUAACCACAGCUGGAAAAAAGAAGCCAACCGAUAAAAAUAUCAUUACCGAAGACGUGCUCCGCCACUCUCUCCACCUCCACCGGUGGCUCUCCACGGCGAAGAAAUUUCUUGCCUCGAAAGUAAACCGAAAACUUUUCAAAACCACUUUGAAUAAAGACAGUAGUUUGCAGCAGGUCUCCAUUACGCAACUGCUCGUCAGCCCUUUUUUCUUCAAAACCGAGUUCAACGACGAAGCGCUUUUGAAGAACAAAGACCGGCUGAAAUUCUUCGAUUUCGAGAAGGGGACGGAGCAGGUUUUCCGCCGGUUGGAAAAAUUACUUUCUCUCCACUCCACGACGUUUUCCCGGACCGAUUUGCAGGACACGGAUGAAUAUGCAUGGCAAAAGUAUCGUACUCGUAAUAAUCGCAUUCAUGCAUUGCAAAUAUCUUUCUCGAGUUAGAUCCGCAUUACAAAUUUCAUUUCUCAUGCUGAGGAAAUUUGUCAUGCGAUUUAUACUAGUACGAUGCUUUUGCAGUGCUGGCACUGCAUAAUGAAAGUGCAGUGACUGUCCUUGCCCCGAAUCGCAUCCCGUUGCACUUACAUCUCGACCGUCUUGCGGUGAAUUCCGGCAUCACCCAGUACAUCACUCGGAGUUUCUAUCGCAAGAAAAAAACUGUGUAACUGUAACUUUGUGUUGCAGAAAAUGCAAAACUGUUACGCUUGUCAUGCUGGACAUGCGUCAGAGGCUAUUUUCGUACGUGUUUAUUUCAAGUACAAGUUUACGCAACAUGACAGGUUGUUUCAUGCAGAGCAAACUUGUGAUGCUAUUCCUCCAAGAAGCACAAUUACACAGUUUUUUUCUUGCAUAGUUUCGCCGCCGUCACGAAGGAGGUUUUGCCGAUUAUGCAUUGCAAAAGUAUCGUACUAGCAUAUAGUCGCAGGACAAAUUGAAAUUUCCUCCGCGUGAGAAAUAAAAUUUGUAAUGCGGAUUUACCUUGAGAAUGAGAGUUGUAAUGCGUGAAUGCGAUUAGUACGAGUACGAUACUUUUGCACAGGAUACCGAUGGAGCGGAAGCAAAAGUCGAACUUGCCGGACAUCAUAAUCGGGGAGUACGACGCGACGGCGAACACGGAAAGCCAGAAAAGCUUCGAGAAAUUGCUGGAAAAGGGGAAGUAUGAGGUCGUAGACGUGCACUACCAGUUUGCGCGGAUGCGGUAUAAGGAACUUGUGGUGGAGUUGGUGCCGACGUUGUACACGUUCGUGAAGGGGCUUGAGGAGUAAAACGAAUAUAAAACUGCCGUAAAGUAGGGGGUUCGUGAAGAACUUCAUUUAAUCAACUUAUCCGCUGUACAACUGGUAAAGAACUACAUACCACGUUCAGCUCCUUCCAAGAACAUUUGCUGACUGGAGCGCUUGCCAAAAGACCAUAAGUUCAAGAACAUUUAAUUCGCGCGUGCGUCACACUUGAGGUGUAAGUGCAUGCAUUUUCAAAGUCAGAUGCUGUCAAGACGCCCCUGGCGUGAGGUAAAU